AUGGUAGGAUAUCUGCAGGCAAUGUCCAUUACCGGCUUUUGGACAUACUGCAUGAAGGAAGACGAGAGGAAAUUUUGCGGCGGACUGUCGGCCCAGGACGCCGGGCGGCCAUCGAGCCUGCAUCCCCGCAGGGGUUCUCGUCGGGCCGCGACGACGGCGCGAGGUGCACUACAACGCGGGGCCGACCGCGAUUCAACCGGCUGCAGUACUAUCGACGGAGCAAGAGGAGGAUGUGCUGGUGCUCGAUGGCGAUUCCUAUGGAAUGCGGCAGUGGCAGGAUCAGGAUCAGAAUCAGCAAGCGGCGAGCAGAAGACGAGUCAGGAAAUCAGCCUUUGCCGGAGGACCACAACCACGGAAAUGCUGCCCAUGUCUGUGGAACCGGCACGUGUGUUCGUUCUGCAGCGGGCACGGGGGUGGUUCGGACUAGAAAGCUUGCGGCUGCAGAUCGAGGUGUGGACGAUGCGUGCCGGACCCGCGGAGAUGGCGACAGGAGGAGGAGGAACUUUUGGAUGUGACGGUGAAACUGAUUGAAGUGUAAGAAGCUUGACGGUGACGGCUGCAGUUCCCAGAGACCAGAAGCGUAACACGGCUUCAAGAAUUCCGGUGAGCAUAUCAGUGGAAGCUCACCGGUCAAUCGUA